GGUUACCACAUCGGCCAGACUGCAGUGACAAUCGCGACGGGCUUCGUGAUGGGAUUGCCGUUGGGCUGGAGCAGCCAAGGAAGCGGGAUCGCCAUGGGGGCAGUCCUCGGCAUGUUCUGGAUGCGCGUGAUCAUUGGUUUUACCUACUUGGAAGCGUCGUUUUACUUGAUCUUUCCGCUGUCGCUCACAGUCGUCGUGCUGGAGGAAGAGCGGUCUCUCGGACCUGUCGUCGACGCCAUACUGCGGAAGGUUAGCUCGCUUGUCUGGAUGGCCAUGCAUGCCGACGCCCCUCCAUCUAUCGAGAGUUCAGUCGUGGAAGGGAAUUGCGACGAAGACGCAACCCUCCUUCCACGGCCGUCUGAUCCAUCGUUGGAUGUACACUACAAGGCCUCCAAUACAUCGGACCUCAUCACCAGUGCCAACAGCUCGCUCUUCAAUGGCCUUCAAGACGAUCUUGUCGACCACGCCGUCAUGUCUACUGGCGGGCCUAUUUACCUUCAGGACACCACCACUGGUUUCUUCUUGAAGUAUGUUGAUGGCAAGGUCAAAAUGACAAGCUCCCCCGACGACUCGUGCCUGUUUGAGUGGGUUCAAGGCAAGACCCACCACUGGGGCCUCUUGUCCAUGGCGAGUUCGCGCUUCGUAGGCCAGAACAUGUUAUCCCAGAUCGUCGUGUCGGCGCGUAAACUGAACAAUUGGGAAGCGUUCCGCGUGCUUCAGAACGCGUCCUUGCCUCCAACGUCCGGGGAGUUUGGUCUGUCCAGCCCUGUCCACCUCGUCCUCUGUUCUGCACGGUUCGGCAAAGGCAUGUGGGUGUCGUCUCGGGGCCAGGACGAUGACAAACUUGUGGUGGGGCUGGCCAAGCACUUUCACGUGGCGCUUCGACUUCGAUAUGCAACGUCGCUGGACGUAUUCCAGUCUGCCGCACUCCCAUCCGCGUUACAAUUGGUAUCGCCAUUAGCAUCGCCCCUGUCGAGCAAUUCUCGACGGAGCGUGAGCCCAGCGUCUCCAGGGGCUACGUUGGCCGAUGUCGCCGCCGCGAAGUUUCCAAUAUCGUUCCAUGAGGCCACAACGCGGACGUCGAUUCUCAAGAAUCAUGCGCUGCCAUCCAGUGUCACGAGUGCGACUUCGUUUGCCGAAGCGUACGACGCACUUCUUCCGGGCCACACAGACAUGUGGCAAGUGCAUCCCACCCAUGGCAACGUCCGCAAUGUAGUUUAUCGCGUUGCCACGGCAAGCUCCGGCGGCGACCUGGUCGAGUUGCCAACGUCUCCCCGAUCCCGAACGGUCGCAGGCGUCCUCGUCCAUGAAUUCCACCAUCACGAGUACAAUGCGGAUGCAAAUCAAGUCGUGUUCGAAACGAAGAUGACACUGGGCGACGGACUCGUCCCGUCCUUCGCCAUUGAGCUCAUGUAUUCAAUGAAGCAGCAGUCCAUCGUCCCGAGCAGUUCGGGUCGAGCGUCGUUCACCCAACCGCCGAUGGCGCUUGACUGUCGUAUUGGCGUGCUUUGGGCCAAGCCGUGCAUGUUUGAAGGGUAUGUACACUUGAGCGCCGUCCGCGCCGCGACGUUGCAUGCGCAGCAUCUCGUGGAGCACAUGUCCAAGCCAAGUGCUGCGUCGCCCCCGUUCUCGACAACUUGGUGGACGAUGAGCUUUGGAGCGCUGUUCGUGCACGAGAUCCACAGACGCUUCGCCACCCCCACGCACGUCCUCGCUGUCCCCCGCGGCGUGUUUUUCGAGAGACCGUUGACCCCAGUGUACACGGCAUCGUGGCCCAUCACACCGACAGAGUUUCAGUCGCGGAUGCUCACCGACUCGGCCUGGUUUUUCCGUGAACGAGACCCCGCAACGGUGCCGAAUGCACUCGACAUGAGCCCGUGGGCGCCAUGUGCUGACGGACACAUUCGGCUCCAGCGGUUCACGUUUGCUCUGGCCGGUCGCCAAGAGCUCGUAGAGGAGUUCCAGACGUAUGCGAUUCCAGAGCCGAAUACACUGCAAAUUGGACGCAAAAUCACUCUGCCACGAAGCAAACUGUGGACGGUACGUCGUUCGCAUGGACACAGACGAUGGUGAUGACGAAAAAUGUUGCAAAGAUGGACAUCCGAUGGGACUUUGAGCUCCAAGAAGACAUGGUGUCGACCGUUGCCUGCGCCGUGGCGCUUCAAUGGACACCCCCUCGGCCUGCUCGUGCCGAAGCCAUCGAGAAGCACGUGAUUGCAGUCAUGCUGGCCUCCAUUGAGAGAUUCCACGUCCUCAUUUCCAGCCAAGAAGAGGACGAGAACAUGCCGUGGCCCGAUCAACUCACGAUGCCGCUUGUUGAAGCGAUUGUGGACGGGUUCGUUCACGAGCAAGGCAAUAAACUCCCGUCCUGCUAACUCUCGCCAAAGCUUGGCUAGCAAACGCAUGAAUAGUAUAGUUUAGUUCGUUUCCUUAGCAAUGCAGAGUUGCUCUGGAGUAGCAUUCCGUGGCCGACAUGUGGCCAACAUGGACUGGGUUCAUUUUAAUGUAAUACAAAGUGUAUUUUGGUGA